GAACAGAAUGAAACCAAGUUCUCAUCUUCUCCCCUUCCCAGACCAUAGCAAAGGCCCGCUGUCUUUUGUUCGUUUCUCUUUCUAACGAAUUCUAGCGUACGACUUGAUCAGCAUACCCUAAACGAAUGCCUUCUCGCUCUCGACCAGUGAGCCAAGAUUCUAAGCGAUUUCCAGAGCACACCUUUCGCAUACCGACAUUAGUCAAACAUGAACGACCGAAACGAGUGGAACACUUCGCAUUGCAGCCUUAUGUGGUCUUCUCUGUUGCGAUACUGAUGAUUCUGCUUGGAAUCGGACUCCAAGUCGCGCUCUACUUCUCGAUGAAGCAUAACGGAUUUCGUGCACCUCCUCCAUCGAAGGCCCUUAGCUGGAUUACACCUUCUUUUCUUACGUCGUUCUUUCCGACGCUUCUAAUAGCCACACCUUUAGCAUAUCUUUGGGGAGUGACAGAUUGGGCGGUGAGAUGGUUCCAACCGUACAUACUACUAGCUCAAGGGAACGCUGUUGCCGAAGAUACUUUGCUGCUAGACUACAUUGCCAUGAACAAAGCCCUCGGAAUAUGGUCUGCGUUCCGCAAGAAGCAUUGGAUUGUGCUUAUUUCCAUGUUGACUGGACUGCUGUCGAACCUAUUCCAGCCCCUUGCAGGUGCACUCAUUUCUGUCAAAUCUAUCCCGACUACAAGCGAGGCCACAGUCCAUAGUAUUACCACGGUUGGUUUGACGCCUAAUUUCAACGAUCUCAAUGCAUUUCUCGCUGCAGCCGGUUUCACUGAGGCAGCUGCAUUUCAAGGUCUUCCUGAUCCGCCGUUUGUCAUGUCAGGCUGGGCGGCAGCUCAGAUCGAAAGACCUCAAAACUUCGGCCUUAAUGCAUCCGUCAAAUGGAAUACGACUGGCGUGCGCACCCAGUCAAAUUGUAUCACUGCCAACAGUGUGAAUAUAAGCACGCCAAGUCCUUUGUUCAUGAUCGACGCUUCUACACCACAAGGUUGCAGAGCCGUUGUGUCGUUUGACCCUGCAAGCGCUGAUCAGCAAUACGGGAGUGCCCCAGCAAUGCCGACUACCUGUGGAAUGGACAACAAUACCGCUCAGGAGUUUUUACCAGUCAUGUUCUGGUUUUUCCAUCUCUCGGAUUCAAACCGACCACAGGCUCGCGCUGUCAUUUGUCGUCCAACUUUGGGUGUGUUCAACGCGGAGGUCACCUUGAAUUUAAACAAUCUGACACUUGCGAAUGUGACAUUAUUGGAUCAAUACACUGUGGCCAACAACGUAACUGGUGGGGAUCUGAAUGGUCGUGCGUUCAAUGGCGUGCUUCUUGACGGCCUUGCUGCAGGAAAGCGAUUUGUGGAGGCUCGCGCGACGUCGAUUAGCUCUGGGAUUCCCGGUGCUAUUUUCCGGCUGGCCAGUCAACAGGGGCUGCAGAGGGAGUUUGACGACGAAACUGGAUUCUUCACCUUGACUGACAAGAUAUAUACACAACAUCUAUCCGUCAGCGCAAAAUCCGUUUAUUUUGUUCCCUCCGAUGACAAGAUUGCUGCAAGACAAACCGAGCUGGUGGAGAAACUGGUCAUCGACGCGCUAGCAUCCAUUGCGCUAUCGGUCAUAUUCAUCGUAAUUGGCGUGCUAGGGAUCGUUCUUCAUACUCUGCAUCUGCGCAUCCGCCGCCGCUCAGGACUUUACCUCACGACAGAGCCAGGGAGCAUCGCCACUUCUGUCGCCCUUACUUCACACUCCGGCUUUGGACAGCUGCUGUACCCAUACGAUGAUCGUAGCAUGAUGCAGAAAAAGCUGCAAGGGUUCAGGUUCAGCUUGGAUAAACGCACAGGCGCGAUCGUUGCAGAUGAAGACGUGACGGAUUGGGAACCUGGCUAUCGUCCGGCGUCGAAUCUGCGUAAAUCGUUAUUGGCGGAUUAUCGGGCGUCGGGAGAUAGCUACUCAAUGACCAGCUCGACUAAGUCCUGGAUGGCGAGCGCCUGGUCGUCAAUAGUUGACUUGCCUUCUGGCAUGGAGACUUCUCAGGGUGACAGAUCGCCCAGCCCGCCUACGCCUCGCGCACCUCGAAGAUCCACGAGCUCUUCCGAGUUGCCGUCUUCGCUAGAACAGCAGCCUUUGAAUCAAUCGUUCGACCGUGAACCGGUGAACGAAGCGGGACAUCGUGAUCGACUAAGCAUGGAGCACCCACUUCCCUCGCCGCAUGUGUGAUGAUGAAGACGGAGACAGACUAUGUCGAUUUGGACGAUAUAUACCCCCAGACAUUUAUUCAUCACCUCUCUCGCUGGCAUCAUCAUGACAUCGAAGCUUCUGUAUCUAUGGCUCGAACCGGUUCUACGCAUGUUUUCAUUCAGGUUUCUCGUGUCUUCAUAGAUUACUGUGUCAUCCGUUUUACAUGCUCGAAUUUUUGAACUGCAUGUCCACUCCGACUGCAUUCGUAUUCAUUCAACUUCAUUGAGCUUCUGG